UCACCCAAGACGUGUGACAGUGACAGGAUCGAUGCGGGGACUUUGACUCGGUUUCCCAGGAUUCCUUGCGGUGGACACCCACACGGAUUUCGUCGGAAGCCUGUGGGCGGAGCCGCGGGAGGUGCCGGGAAAGCCGGGAGCGGAGCAUGGCUGCAGUGUUGGUGUUCUCGUCCCCUUUCCCCAAACUCCGUCGUUUUCUCCGAAGCUGUUGGGGGACACUUGGCGGCCACGCAGGGCCAUGGGCUCCUGCUUUAGCAGUACAAGCUCCAGAUUCUGUACUCAAUCCUGUGGAAGAGAAAACGGAGUAUUUUGAAAACCCCAGCUUUUUAGACAGCAUACUUUGGAUGCCAGCUCCAAAGUCAAGGCGGACAAUUGAGGUUAAUCGCACCAGACGAAGGAGUUCUAACCAUCUUAUAAAAAUAAAGAGAAACAUAGAUAUUUGUCCUGAAUGCGGCAACCUGAAAGAGAAGCAUGUUCUUUGUGGCUAUUGUUAUGAAAAAGUUAAACAGGAAACCUAUGCCAUAAAAAAUCAGAUUCAAUUAUUGGAAAAUGGACCACAUAAGGCUCCCACUGUAGAAAGUGUUGUGCUUUAUGCAGGAGAAAAACCCAGAAAUGAAGAUGAAGGCAAGCGAAUUAUCGAAAGGAACAGGAAACGUCCAUCUUGGUUCACGUUGGACUAAACAGACAUCACAAUGGAAUGAUUGAUUCCCUUAUACAAAUCCUGCUUUGGAUAAUAUACAUCCAGAAGACUGCACUGUAAUUUAUACUGCAGUUGCUUAAGUGUGCUACUUGCAUCAUACUCUGUGCAUGUGUGCAUUGUACUUUUUAAAGAGUCUGGGUUUUGUUUUGUCUUUUAACAUUCACCCAGAAUUUAAUUCUACAUUGGGAAUUUACAUGGAUAGGGGAAUUGGCUGUUAAUUAGUGAUAACAUAACCUUAUAGUAACCUAAAUAACUUAUCAUUUGCAGAAGUGGUGUGUAACUGCAUACAAAGAUGUGUUGUAUGUUAUUUCAACAUGAAUUUAAACUGUGUUUGCAAUUAAAGCAUAUUCAAUUUCA